GUGCAGAGGAGCUGGUGAUUGCUGUAAAAAGCGUCUCUGCAUCACUAAUGCAUGAGGUGUUGCAGUGCUGUUACAAUUACCUGAAGAUCCUGGCGAUGGUGGGAGCCGGCUACGUAACCUGGAAAACUAUAAAACUCCUGUGCGGGUGUUACAGCCUGGUGCAGCAGCAGAUCUGCCAGUGUCUGUUUAGCAACGCCAGAAUUAUAAGGCAAUAUGGAGAGUGGGCUGUAGUCACUGGAGCCACAGACGGUAUUGGUAAAGCAUACGCUGAGGAGCUGGCGAGUCACGGUGUGAACAUCAUCCUUUUAGGCCGUAACACUGAGAAGCUCCAAAAUGUGUCUGAGGCAAUAACGGCUGCCUAUGGCGUGAAAACUCGUUUCAUAGUGGCUGAUUUCAGCAAGGGCCGUGAAGUGUUUCCUGCCAUUAAGGAGGCUCUAAAUGACGUGGAUGUCGGCAUUUUGGUUAACAAUGCUGGAGUGCUUUAUGACUACCCUGCAUGCCUUAUGGAUGUACCAGAGGAUAAAAGUAUGGAUAUCAUCAAUGUCAACAUUACUGCAGCUGUUAUGAUGGUAUAUGUAGUGCUCCCGGGCAUGGUGCAGCGUAAGAGAGGAGCCAUUAUCAAUGUGGCCUCUGCAACGUGCUGCAAGCCCAUUCCUCAAAUGACUGUAUAUGCCGCCUCUAAGUCUUUUCUGGAUCGUUUCACUAGAGCUUUACAGUAUGAAUAUUCCUCCAAAGGGAUAUUUAUACAGAGCCUGACUCCUUUCUAUGUGGUCACAAAAAUGGUGGCGUAUGCUGAUUUCUUUACAAAAAAGUCCUUGUUGGUUCCACUGGCUAAAGAAUAUGCACAUAGUGCGGUGUGCACCAUAGGGAGAUCACUGAGGACUACCGGACACUGGUCUCACUCCAUCCAGAUGGCUAUAGGAUACUGGACACCAGAAUGGCUUUGGAUGCCUUUGUGGACUUACAUUGGUGACAACAUUCGAGACAAGUUCUUAGCCAGAAGAAAACACCAUUGAGAAAAGUACAACUUCUUUCCAGUGCCUUUAUUAUCUAUUGGUUACAUGCUAUUUUACAUAUAGUAAAUCUGUCAUGUUCUACUCACUGUGAAAGAUUUAGACAUAUAGAACUUGUUCUGCUGUAUAAUGCAAGGCACAUAUACUGGAAACUACAUUAUUCAAGAUAUUGAAUUAUUAUACAAGCUAUUACAGGUUAAUGAGGUAUUCUGAGUUGCAUACUGUUAUUAUGUACAAUGGGGGUCAUUCUGAGUUGAUUGCUCGCUAGCAGUUUUUAGCAGCCUUGCAAACGCAUAGUCGCCGCC